CCUAACCCAGCAAACAUAAACAAGUGUCGGAACACCUGAUACGAGUCAUUAAAAGCCACCAGCUAGAAGAAAAAACGAACACCGCAAAACAAUUGUUCUCGGCAAUUCAAAUGUCUCAUUAUCACAACAACGAAUCAGCCUGAACUUUUCUCAUCUCUAUGAAAAAUACUUUCAAUAUGAAAGUGAUAAUUAACCUGCAUCUCGGAUGAACCGGGGUAAUCACGCCAGGCGAAUGCAUGUGUUGGUUGGAGGGAAACUUAUCACUACCACUAUUUCCAACUCCUCGCCGCACUUAUAGUCAAUGUAAAAAUGAAAUGGGGCAUUGGGUGAAAGUACUUCGCGGGCUGUGACUUCAAACACCGGUUGGAGUCUUAUAUCAGAUCAGUCUGGCAUGAACAGUGGUGACGAGAUGAUGCACGAAUGGUAGUUUUCGUUGGGAUUUUAAUAAUUCAUGUCUAAUCGUGGUUAUCAUUUUGAAAUUGCAAUCAAUGAUUGAGUCUGUGAUUAAUCUCAGUGGUAUUAUCUGUUUGUCCGGUGGCCAUCCCACGCUGAUUGUUGCCAGGAGCCUUUAUUUAUAAUUCAGUUCACUCAGCUAUGCUGUCAGUCGAUUAGUUCAACUCCACCUGAAGAGUUGAAGAGCGCCCAUCAACAGCUUUUCUACGAGUUUAAAAGUUGUGACAACUCGUUUUUGGAGUCAUUAGCGUUCCAAGAUGUUGGUGAUUUUGUGCCUCUUAGUGGCACUAGUUGGGCCCAGUUUUUCUCUUGAGAAUGGCCUUGUCAGGACUCCUCCCAUGGGAUGGCUGGCGUGGGAAAGAUUCAGAUGCAACACUGACUGUAAGAAUGAUCCGGAUAAUUGUAUAAGCGAUCAACUCUUCAGGACAAUGACAGAUAUUGUGGUGGCUGAGGGCUACGCUGAUCUCGGAUACAACUACAUAAAUAUCGAUGACUGCUGGUCGGAAAAAAACCGUGGGCCCACCAACGAUCUCAUCCCAGAUCGCCAGAGAUUCCCGUAUGGACUCAAGGAUCUCGGUGAUUAUAUUCACUCGAAAGGACUCAAGUUCGGUAUCUACGGUGACUAUGGCAAUUACACGUGCGGCGGAUAUCCCGGCAGCAUUGCACACAUGGAGAGAGAUGCAAGCAUGUUCGCAUCGUGGGACGUUGAUUAUGUCAAAUUAGAUGGAUGUUAUGCCGAUCCGUUUGACAUGGACAAAGGGUAUCCUGAGUUCGGCUAUCACAUGAACAGCACCGGGCGCAAUAUGGUUUAUUCUUGCAGCUGGCCAGUUUAUCAAAUCUAUGCGGGGAUAACUCCAAAUUGGACGAGCAUAAUAAACCACUGCAAUCUCUGGAGAAACUACAAUGACAUUCAGGACUCCUGGGCGAGUGUGGAGACGAUAAUUGAUUACUAUGGUGACAAUCAAGACAGCAUUGUGCCAAAUGCAGGACCAGGCCACUGGAAUGAUCCAGACAUGCUGAUAAUCGGUAACUUUGGGCUCAGUUACGAACAGAGUAAAACGCAAAUGGCACUUUGGGCCAUCUUCGCUGCACCACUGUUGAUGUCAGUGGACCUCAGGACAAUAAGGCCUGAGUACAAAGCCAUUCUUCAAAAUAAAAAGAUCAUUGCUGUUGAUCAGGACCCAUUGGGCAUCCAAGGACGCAGAAUUUACAAGGACAAAGGCAUCGAAAUUUGGGCUAGACCGAUUACUCCAGUGUACCAGAACAAUUACUCUUACGCUCUUGCCUUUGUGAAUAGGAGAACGGAUGGCACGCCCUCGGAUGUGUCAGUUACGCUGAUGGAAUUGGGACUGAAUUUUUCGGAAGGUUACAAAGUUGAGGAUCUCUACGAGGAAGAAAAGUACGGUAUCCUAGUUCCCGAGACGAAGAUCAAGGUCAAAGUGAAUCCCUCGGGCGUUGUGAUCCUUCGUUGUGAUAUCUACCUAGACGCUAUACUCGCACGUAACCAUUAUUCCCGAUUUUCACCAUUCAGUCCGGUGUUCGAAGUUAGACAGAACUCUUUCGAAUAGAUAGUUACCUUAUUUUUGUAUUGUUUAUUACGUUUUUUGCCAAUUAAGCAGUGAUCUAAUACUCUCAUUUUAAUUAUUAAUGACAGGUUGAUUGAUUGUUACUGAUGAAUUUUUACACAAUUGUAGACGAAACAUGAAAUUAAAUGGAACAAAUAUGAG